GCGCUGUCCGCGCGGCCACUGGAGACCGGGCGGCCGGCGGCCGGGCAGGCGGCGGCGGCGGCAGCGGCGGAUGGGGACGCGGAGCCGGGCGGCUGUGGCGGCUGUGGCUGUGGCGGCGGCGCGGAAGCAGCUGACGGGCCGGCGGCGGCGGCGGCGCUGGCGGCGGUGACUGGUCCAGGCCCCGGCGGCGGCUGCAGCGACGCGGUGGCGGGCUGCGGGCGGGUGGCGUGAGGCGCGGCGGCGGAGCGCCGAGCGGCCGGGAACCGAGGGCGCCGGGCCGCCCGUUGCCCAGUCCCCGCAGGCCGCCAGGCCCCCUCCAACCGGGGCCGUGGAGCACCGGGGCAAAGGCCGGGGCCCCCCCAUGAAGGAGCGCGACGCGGCCCCGGCCGAGCGGGGCAAGCCGGCCACCUACACCGGGGACAAGAAGGCGAAGAUGGCGGCCAAGACCAACAAGAAGUGGGUCCGGCUCGCCACCGUGUUUGCCUACGUGCUCUCCGUGUCGCUGGCCGCCAUCGUGCUUGCCGUCUACUACAGCCUCAUCUGGCAGCCGGUGGGCGCCGGGACCUCGGGGGGAGCCGCCGGCCCGCCCCCCGGCGGCUCCAAUGCCACCGGCCCGUCCGGGACUUCGGGGGCGGCGGCGACGGGGCCCAACGCCACGGGGUCGUCCCGCCGCGAGGCGCCGCGCGACGCGCCCCCGCUGCAGGCGGCGCGGCCCAUGCCUCCGGAGCCCUCGGCCGACAGCCCCUUGGCCGGGCCGCUGGAGCAGCCGCGGGGGCCCGAGGAGGACGAGGAGGAAGCCGCGGCGGCGCCCGGGAGUCGUUGAACCCCUCCGCGCCAGGGGCGGCCGGGAGCCGUCCUCUGCAAGCUGGGAGGCAGGACUUUGCAGCAGGAGCCGGCGGGAGCGACCCCCACGGGAGUGAACGCCCCCCCCCCCCCCCCCCAGGAACGUCGGCUCGCCCCGGGGGCGAGUGGCCUGCAGCCUGAUCUUCAGCCAAGGGACCACGAUUCUCCAGGGGCUCGGGGUUUGGUCUUCCCAGGACAGUGCUGCGCCAGGGCCCUGAGCCAUAAGGGGCGUGGGGGGAGGGGUGGGAGAUCCCAGCACUGAACCCGUCUGCGCCGCUCGCUUUUCUGUAUCCGACGUGCAGGGGUGACUCGGGCUUUCCCCCAAGACUCAGGGGAAGGAGGGAGCUGUAGGGGCUCUUCUUUAAUAAGCUGAAGCUCUCGAAAGGAGGAGGGCACCAAAAGUAGUGGAGCUCAGGUACGUCAACCUAGUUGCAGUGGCCACAGAUGCAUUUAAUUUAUAGAUCCCUGUAUAUAGUUGUUGACAUAUGCACUAGAAGCUAUAAUUACAUAGUACUAUAUGUAUUCUCCGACACCCUGGGUAGCUACUGACUGAUGGGGUCAAGCAAGGGCUAUUUGCUGGCCCCCAAAGUGCAGCUAGCUGGAAGGGCACAAAAGCUGUUUUUUCCAUCACCCACUUUUGCCCCUAUUCCCCCUCCUAUUUCAGAAAGAUAGUUUUAUGACACAAAAGAGUAUAAUCAUUCUUAGACUUGUUGAAAGGGCAGUGGAAAACCUUAGGAGAAGAAAAAGCCGUUUGCGCUGGGUGGGGAAUGGACUGAUCCCCUCCUCGUCCCACCCUAGUGUCCCCACCCAAGAGGCUUCCUGUUGCGGCCCGAAGUAUCUGGAUGGGGGCCAGGGCAGAAGGAAGGGAAAGAGCAAUGAAUGCCUCUGUGCUUCCAUCCUUGGCCUUCUCCUCACAGCUCUUUUAGAAGAGCAAGCUUUUGUAAGUAGAGUGAGUGGCUCACAAGUGUUGUAUCUUUAUUUUUAUUUUUAUUUUGCUGCUCCUCAAGAUCUUGUCUUGUUCCAAUAAUCACCAUCACCUUCCCUCUUUCCUGAGCCUGUAGUGACAGUGUAGCACUGAGAUUAGGGUGAUAUCUGUUGCGAAACCAGAGCUUUGAGAAUGUCCUCUGGUUUUGAGUUUUAGAUAGAACCAGAAAGGCUGCAAGGUGGGCUUCAAACUCAGGAUUGUGUUCUGAUAGCCAGAUAAUAGACCAGCCAUGGGUGUUUACCUCUCCUGAUAAACGCUACUUGUAUGCAGCCUAUAUUUUUACUGAGAUGAGAAACAUCAAGAGAAAUGACACAUUUAUAGCUCUGGGGCAGCAAGAAUUAUACAUCAAUUUGGAGUCCACUUCCUUCUGCCACUUGCUUUUAGGCAAUUGAGUGUGGGUAGCGACAAGAUAUCAAACCCCUUAGUGUUUCCUUUUUGGGAAAUAAGGCACUUUUUUUAAACAAAAAAGACAAAAACUUACCCACCUGAGUCCUGAACCAGUUUGUCUCCAGUUUUCUGGCCUACACUCUAGUUAGCUCUGAUCCAAGUUUACAGGACAACAGCCUUGUUUUAAGCCAUGUCCUGCUGUGAGCAAGAUAGCAGCUGAGCUGUCAUAGCUGCGGGCAGGCUGGUGGCACCCUCAAGGUGUCUUGGCUGGAGGAGAUUUCUGAGCAGCUGACUUGACUUUGGUCAUUAGGAAGCCUUUGAGGCCUUUUUAAAUUUUGGUUGGGGGCCUAGGGGGAAGAAACGUAAAAUGCCACUUUAUAACUUCAAUAAUAGCCUGUAAUUUAUAUUUAUUGUGUGAAUUUUUAGUCCUAUAUUUUAAUAAUUUGUAAAUUGAUCUCUUAUUCCAAGAAUCCUUUGAACUUGUGGGAGAACAUCUGGGAGUCCAGUCCCCUGUCCCCAUCCUGACCCCUGUGUUUGGGACUAUUUAAUCCACUUUGGAGUGGAUCACAGAGUCUAGAGAGACCACUCACAGCUCCAGCUGCUGGCCUCCUGCCUCUCUAAAGCCUUCACUGGAAUUGGGACAUUGACUCCAGCUCUAGCUGUGAACACGACCAGAGACAUUAUUUAUAAUUCAGCCAUUUAAGAUAUACCUGUACUCAAAAAGUCCUGUAUAUUUUUUAAAAGUUUUAUUUUUCAGGUGAACAAAAAUACAUUCUAAGAACUCUA